AAAACCAAGAUGGCCGCCUCCAGGGGAUCUGGAUGUGAAUGAUAAACUUUGCAAAAAUCAAAUGAAAUUUCUGUCUCCCAGCUCAUUAUGAAUACCAAGUAACGCCUGAAUUAGAUAUGGAUGACGUAAGAUUUGAGUGGCUCCGUGACAAGGUCUACUGUGCGCUAAACAUCACAGACCCUGAAGUUUUUGAGGAACUUUUGAAUCGGGAUGAUGGCGAAUACGAGAGAGCCUUGGCAAAGUUCCUCAACGAAACUCCCGAAGAGGGAAAGUCAGCUGCCAUCUUCUACAAGAGAUUACAAGAGGAAGAGAUCGAAGUUGAAGUGGAAAUUGAGCCAUCAGAGCUUGAUCCAACCCUGGAAGCUCUCAAUGAUGAGAAUGUCGAAGGAGGAGAAGGAAUCGAUGGAAUUACAUCUGCACAAGAUGGCAUGCUGACUGAGGCCACUGUGACCCCAGCUGUGGCCGAAACACCUGUGGAAGAAGAAAAGGGGAAAAAAAAGAAAAAGAAGAAAGGCAAGAAGGGCGUGUCCUCAGCCAAAGUGGAAGAGGAACCACCAAAGGAGGAGCCUAAGGAACCAGAGGAGAUCAAACCGGAGGAAGGCAUUGAUGGAGUUAUAGCGCCCUCGCCAGAGAGAGUACCGCAGAUGAAAAUCGUCAAGCAGACCAUUGAGCGGACGCUGCUUCACAUGUGCCACGGCACGGUGCCUGAGGAGGUGUGCAACAACGACUGCGUGUACUUCCUACGCAACACGCCGGGCAUGGUUGAGCUGCCCAACAGCCUGGAAGAGGCCAACACCAGCCUGCCGCAGUUCUUUGAGUUUGGGGUGCUGAACGGCAGCUCUCUGACCAUGCUGGAGCAAGUCAUCAUGCAGGUCUACAUCCCGUUGUUGUCGUUCAAUUCACACAAGAACGGCGAGGCCCCUACGGCCGGUGAGCAGCAAGCUGCUCUCUCUUCCACUUCCCAGGAUGACAUGGAUGAGGAGGAUGAAGACGAGGACGUCACACAGCAGCAGAAGUUGGUGGAGUCCCAGCACCGGGCCAUGCUUCGCGACGAGUUCCUCAUCAAUAUGCAGAAGUUUGCCACCCACAUCAGCCGUACCAUCCAGCAGAUCGAGGGGGAGGUACGACUGGACGUGCCCCAUCUAAACCUGGAUGGCGAUGUGGCUGAGCUCACCAAAGACGACAUCCUGGUCCACAAGAUUGAGACGGCCUGCCUGGAGUGGACCAAACAGAUUGCCAGCGCCUUGGAGGUCCAGCUCAAGAAGACCCCGCAGGGAGACGGCCCCUUGGCCGAGAUCGACUUCUGGCGGGAGCGCAAUGCAGCGCUGAGUGCCCUCUCUGAGCAGCUCAAACUCCACACCGUUAAGAAGAUGCUGGAGAUUCUAGCCAAGAGAGACACUAUGGGAGAUCACGCUGUCCUCCAGAGCUUCGAACUCAACCGCUCGGAGCUGAACAAAUACCACGUCGAAGCCAAGGAUAACGUCCGAUUCCUCAGCACUCUGGAAAGACACUUCAAAAACGUCACCCACGGAGCGGGCUUCCAAAUUGUUUUGGACACCCUACCAUCCAUGAUGAACGCUCUCCGGAUGGUGUGGAUCAUAUCCAGGCACUACAACCGAGAUGAGCGAAUGGUGCCCCUGAUGGAACGUAUCGCAUGGGAGCUGGCCGAGAGAGUUGCCAAGGUCAUCAACAUCAGAACCAUAUUCAAGGAAACACCGUCUCAGAUUAAAGCAAGGACGUUGGAAGCCAAGAAAACCCUGGAGUUGUGGAAGGAAUCCUACUUUGAGGUGCGGGCGAAGAUUGAGGCGUCGGGGCGAGAUGCCAGAUGGGAGUUUGACCGCAAGCGUCUCUUUGAGAGGACAGAUUACAUGGCCACAAUCUGCCAGGACAUCUACGACGUGGCACAGGUCUUGCAAGAGUUCUACCACAUCUUUGGCCCCGAGUUGAAGUCGGUCACCGGUGAUCCUCAACGCAUCGAAGAUGUUCUCAAGAGAGUGGAUGGACUUGUGGAGCCCAUUCAAGACGUGAGCUUUGACCCCUUUGGCCUGAAGCACCAACUCCAAUGGCGCAAGGUGAUGGAGUGGUUUAACAAGGAGGUGGCGGCCAUCGAGGAGGAAGCCAAGCACUUCAUCAAUGAGUCCUUCAAGACGCUGCGCUCGGCUGAAGGCGCCUUCGACAUGCUACUGAAGUUCCAGAACAUCCGCUCGCGGGAGGCCAUCAACUCGCAGAUGAUGAAGAAAUUCAAUGACAUUCUGGUGCAGUAUGGGAAAGAGGUGGAUACGGUCAAUGCCUUGUUCAAGCAACAUCAGGACAACCCGCCUGUCUCCAAGAACCAGCCACCUGUAGGGGGCGCUAUUGCUUGGGAGCGUUCCCUUUUCUAUCGUAUCAAGCACACCAUCAUCCGUUUCCAGUCCAUGGAGGAUCUUCUGCACAGCGAGUACGGAAAGGCGGCGAGGAGCAAGUAUCUGGGUGUAGCCAGACAGAUGCGGGAGUACGAGGAGAAGAAGUACGAGCAAUGGCGGGAGUACGUGGAGGGCAUCCUCCCUAGCCUCCUCAAAAGGAACCUACUCACCAAGCCAGCGCCCUCAACGGCAGUCGUCGCCAUCACGCACAAUGACGCCGACGGGAACGGAGGAAGCUCAGCCAGCAAUCAUGCCAUGCUUAGCGCAGAUGUGAAGUACAUGGUAGACUUUGCUCCAGAGCUGUCUGAGAUCAUAGUAGAGACCAAGUACAUGGAACAGCUAGGCUUCUCGAUACCAGAGCUGGCCCGCAAUGUGGCUCUUCAGGAAGAUAAAUACCUUCGGUGGAAUGACGGACUGCGACAUAUGCUGGGAAGGUAUCACUCAGCCAUCAAUUCCAUUAACAAUGCUGAGACCCAGCUGCUUGAUGAACACCUGAAGGAUCUCAGACGCACCUUGAAGUCUGGACACAAACGUCUCAACUGGAACUCUCUUGGUAUCACAGACUACAUCACCCGCUGUGAACAGGCCAUCUCCAAGUUUGAGUCGCUAGUCAACCAAAUCCAGAAGAACGCCAAGGACAUUGAUGCCAGGCUCAAGGCAGUGGAGCACGCAAAUCUCUUCAAGGGACCUGGCAGUCAGAUGGAAGGGGAAAUUCUACCUGGUUGCAAGGAAUACUUUGACCACAUUGAGCGAGAGCGCAUGCACACCUUCGAGCAGCUCGCCCGCAAGUACCGCGCCAUCGGACCCCUCCUGACCAAGAUGGAAGGCCUGGUGGUCCACACUAACACCGGGAGAUCACCCAGGCUGCAGGCUUACUAUGCCUACUGGGAGAGAAGGGUGUAUGACUCCCUGAAGAAGCUGAUAUCCCGCAAUCUGAUUGAAUUCAACAACGCCAUGAUCACAGACAAGCCCCUGUUCCAGAUUGAUGCCAUGCUGUCCGCUCCUGAGAUCAUCCUGGUGCCAGCAGCCAAUGAGAUCUACAAACUGACCAUGCAGUGUGUCCGAGACUGUGUGGAAGGGACCAAGAACUUCAUCCGUUGGAUGCACGGUACUUGCAUUGAGACUCCACCCCAGAAUGUUGAGGGUGAAGAUGAGCCGUUCAUCUUCAGCUUCUUCUCUGACAUCUCGGCCGACGGCAGUAUCAUCGACCUGGUGGUGCAGGCCUCCAACCAGAUCCAGAAGACCCUGACCAGCCACAACAAGUACCUCGGCAGGUGGAAGAGAUACCGUCCUCUGUGGAAGCUGGAUAAGACCAUCAUGCUGGAGAAGUUUGCCAGUAAGAAACCGACCUGUGUGGCCUACGACGACAAACUCCAGUUCUACUCCAACUUGGCCAAGGAGGUGGAAAAUCAGCCCAAGAUCAAAGACCAGGAUUGCGUCCGCCUCCACAUGGGACUUCUAGCUGACACCGUCAGAGACCACGCCCAGAAAUGGGUGGAGUCACUUGGCGCGUUACUCAAGGACACGGCUAGCGAGGACUUGAACAGUCUUCAGACAGAGCUAACGACCCUGUCUACGGACCUCAAGAAGACGCCUGACACGUUGGAGGACUUGAAGUUUGUCCUUCGCAUCAUCUCUGACAUCAAGCACAUGUCCUUGGAGGUGGAGAUGCGAAUCAAGGACAUCCUGGAGCGCUACCGGACCCUGCAGAUGUACCGCAUCGAGGUCUCAGACGAGGAGAAGGAGCUGUGUCGCAACAUCAAGCAGAUUUGGGACGACCUGUUCAUGGAGUCCAAGCACGUGGACGCCAGCCUGAUCGUGGUCAAGAAGAAGUUCACUGAGAUCACGCAAGACCAGAUCAGCAAUUUCAGCACCGAGCUGAACAACUUCCAGAGCAAGUUCCGUCUAGAGGGCCCAGGAGCUGUCGGCAAUGACCUGGACAGGGGUGUUGAGAUCUUAGAGAGCUUCAAGCGCGAGCUUUCCAUGUAUGAGAAGGAUCGCCAAGAGCUAGCCAAUGCUGAGAAGCUCUUUGACCUGCCCAUCACCAUGUACCCCGAGCUGCUCCAAGUACAGAAAGAGAUGACCGGAUUGGAUAAGAUCUAUGAAAUCUACAAACAGCAGAAGGCCGCUCGCGAGGAGUGGGCCCAGACCCUGUGGGCCAACCUCAAUGUCAACCACCUGGUUGAAGGCAUUGACACCUACAUCAAGAACCUCAAGAAGCUACCCAGGGAAGUCAAGAGCACCUCCACAGCUCACAUGGUGGAGGGGAGAAUGAAGGAAUUUAAAGAUUCCAUCCCGCUGUUUGUGGAUCUCAAGAACGAGGCACUUCGAGAAAGACACUGGAAGGAACUGAUGAACAAGACGGGUAAGUCCUUCGACAUGAACCCAGACACGUUCACGCUGGAGAACCUCUUUGCUAUGGAGCUACACAACUUCAAGGACGUGAUCGGCGACAUAGUUACCAGUGCCUCCAAGGAAUUGAGUAUUGAAAAGGGCAUCAAGGAGGUUAACGACGUCUGGGAGAGCAUGAAGUUCAGCGUCAACAAGUACAUGAAGGGGACCCAGGAGCGAGGCUACAUCCUGGGGUCAGUAGACGAGGUCAUGCAGAUUCUGGACGACAAUGCUAUGAACCUACAGAGCAUGUCGGCCUCGCGGUUCAUCGGGCCGUUCCUGAACACGGUUCAGACCUGGGAGAAAAGCCUAUCACUGAUUGGGGAAGUCUUGGAGGUGUGGAUGGUGGUGCAACGUAAGUGGAUGUACCUAGAAAGCAUCUUCAUCGGUGGCGAUAUCAGGUCUCAGCUUCCGGAAGAGGCCAAGAAAUUUGAUGCCAUCGACAAGACCUUCAAGAAGAUCAUGCAAGACACAGCGUCCAACCCGCGCAUCAAGGAUUCCUGCCACGCCCCUAACCGUCUCCAAGAUCUGGAAAUGAUCAGCACAGGCCUGGAGCGAUGCCAGAAGAGCCUAAACGAUUACCUAGACUCCAAGAGGAACGCCUUCCCCAGGUUCUUCUUCAUCUCUGACGACGAGCUCCUCUCCAUCCUGGGAAGCAGCGAUCCGUCCUGCGUCCAAGAGCACAUCAUCAAGAUGUACGAUAACAUCGCCUCGCUGCGCCUACAAGAAGGCAAUAACCGGGAGACUCUGGUGACCGCCAUGAUAUCGGCCGAGGGAGAGGUGAUGGAGUUCCGUCAGGCCAUUCCAGCCGAGGGGCGGGUGGAAGACUGGAUGACCCACGUGCUGGUGGAGAUGAGACGAACCAAUCGGCUCAUCACCAAGGAGGCCAUCUUCACCUACUGCGCUGAUAACAUCAGCAGGGUGAAUUGGAUGUACAAGUUUCAAGGCAUGGUGGUACUGGCCACCAACCAGGUCUGGUGGACCUGGGAGGUGGAGGAUGUCUUCAACAAGGUGGUCAAGCUAGGAGACAAGACGGCCAUGAAGAAAUAUGCCAAGAAGAUGCAUCAACAGAUCAACGACCUGGUGGUGCAGGUGCGAUCACCCUUGUCUAACAAUGAUCGUAAGAAGUACAAUACCGUUCUCAUCAUUGAUGUGCAUGCCAGAGAUAUCAUCGACGGCUUUGUUAGAGAUAGCAUCUUGGAUGCCAAGGAGUUUGAAUGGGAGAGCCAGCUACGGUUCUACUGGGACAGGGAACCAGACGAGCUGAACGUCCGACAGUGCACGGGAACAUUUGGCUAUGGAUACGAAUACAUGGGACUGAACGGGCGACUGGUGAUCACUCCGCUGACCGACAGAAUCUACUUGACCCUGACACAGGCAUUGUCUAUGCAGCUAGGCGGGGCACCAGCCGGACCAGCAGGCACUGGUAAGACGGAGACCACCAAAGAUCUGGCCAAGGCCCUGGGCUUGCUGUGUGUGGUCACCAACUGUGGGGAAGGAAUGGACUACAAGGCUGUGGGUAAGAUCUUUUCCGGCCUGGCUCAGUGCGGUGCCUGGGGAUGCUUCGACGAGUUCAACCGUAUCGACGUGUCCGUACUCUCCGUCAUUUCGUCCCAGAUUCAGACCAUCAGAAAUGCCCUCAUCCACAACCUCAAGAAAUUCCAGUUUGAGGGUAAUGAAAUCACCAUGGACAAUCGCAUGGGUAUCUUCAUCACCAUGAAUCCUGGCUACGCAGGCCGGACCGAGCUGCCGGAGAGUGUCAAGGCACUGUUCAGACCCGUGGUCGUCAUCGUUCCCGAUCUGGGACAGAUCUGUGAGAUCAUGCUGUUCUCCGAGGGAUUCAUCAUGGCCAAGGUUCUAGCUAAGAAGAUGACUGUCCUGUAUAAGCUGGCCAAGGAGCAGUUGUCCAAGCAGUACCACUAUGACUUUGGCCUUCGUGCUCUCAAGUCAGUCUUGGUCAUGGCUGGCGAGCUCAAGAGAGGAUCACCCGACCUGGCAGAGGAUGUUGUAUUGAUGAGGGCCCUUCGCGACAUGAACCUGCCCAAGUUCGUCUUCGAGGACGUUCCCUUGUUCCUGGGUCUGAUUUCCGAUCUCUUCCCUGGCCUGGAUUGCCCUCGAGUCCGGUACCCCAACUUCAACGAUGCCGUGGAGGCAGCCUUAGCAGACCAGAAUUACAUCAUGCUGGAUCACCAGGUUGACAAAGUGGUUCAGAUGUACGAGACCAUGCUGACCAGACACACCACUAUGGUCGUUGGACCAACUGGAGGUGGUAAGAGCGUCGUCAUCAACGCACUCGCCCAGGCACAGACAAAGCUCGGUAUUCACACCAAGCUGUACAUCAUGAACCCCAAGGCCAUGAGUGUCAUCGAGCUCUAUGGCAUCCUGGACCCAAACACUCGGGACUGGACCGACGGACUCCUCUCCAACAUCUUCCGGGAGAUCAACCGGCCCACCGACAAGAACGAGAGGAAAUACAUUGUCUUUGACGGAGACGUGGACGCGCUGUGGGUGGAGAACAUGAACUCUGUCAUGGACGACAACCGACUGCUGACUCUGGCUAAUGGGGAGAGAAUCAGGCUGCAGAAGCACUGUGCUCUGCUCUUUGAGGUGUCCGAUCUUCAGUAUGCCUCGCCAGCCACCGUUUCCCGCUGCGGCAUGGUCUUCGUGGACCCCAAGAACCUGGGCUACCUGCCCUUCUGGCAGAAAUGGAUCAACGCCCGCCCCUCCAAGCAGGAGCAGGAGGAACUGAUGAGGCUCUUCAACAAGUACGUCCCUGGAGCCAUCGAUCUGAUCCUGGAGGGGAUCUUGGACGGCAAGCCAGGAGACAAGCUGAAGAUGAUCAUCCCACUGACCAACCUCAACAUGGUGACCCAGCUAACCAAGAUGUUGGACGCCCUCAUCACCAAGGAGCAAGAGUACGAGGUCCUGGAGUCCAUCUUCAUCCAGGCGCUGUACUGGUCCCUGGGCGGUUCUCUGAUCGAGGAGAGCCAGGUCAAGUUUGACAGCUUCAUCAAAGCCACGGCGUCCAUGUCCACAGUCUCUGACGAGGGGACGGACGCAGGCCCUGGGGAACUGCCUGGACAGCUGGAUUCCAUCUACGAGUAUUACUUUGAUCAGGAUAAGAAGAAGUGGAUCCCCUGGUCUAGGCUGGUACCCAAGUACGUCCAUGACCCCGAGCGCAAGUUCUACGAGAUCCUGGUACCCACCUUGGACACAGUGCGCAACACCUGGCUGCUAGAGCUCAUGGUUCACACCAAGCAGCCCAUACUGUUUGUUGGCGACACGGGCACAUCCAAGACAGCCACCAUUCAGGACUUCCUGAGGAACAUUGACCAGGAGAGUAAUUUGAUUUUGAACAUCAACUUUUCCUCACGUACCACCUCCAUGGACGUCCAGCGGAAUCUGGAAGCCAACGUUGAGAAGCGAACCAAGGACACAUACGGCCCUCCUCCCGGCAGACGCCUGCUGGUCUUCAUGGACGACAUGAACAUGCCCCAGGUUGACGUGUACGGCACCCAGCAGCCCAUUGCUUUACUGAAGCUGCUUCUGGAGCGAGGCGGGAUGUAUGACCGAGGCAAGGACCUGAUCUUGAAGUACAUCAGAGAUAUCGGGUUCAUUGCUGCUAUGGGAAAGGCUGGUGGAGGUCGUAACGAGGUUGACCCCCGGUUCAUCUCUCUCUUCUGCACUUUCAACAUCACCUUCCCCUCGGACGCCUCCCUCAAGCACAUCUACGCCUCCAUCCUGGCCGGCCACCUGCAGUCCUUUGACGACAGCAUCCAUCGGGCGGCCGACAAGAUCACCCAGGGCACUCUGGACCUCUACAAGAUCAUCGUCAACGACCUCCCGCCAACGCCGUCCAAGUUCCACUACAUCUUCAACCUGCGGGACCUGUCGCGGGUGGCGCAGGGGUUGCUGCAGACCACGCCCGACCGCUUCACCAAUGUCUCGCAGUUCGUACGCGUUUGGCGUAACGAGUGCCUGCGAGUGUUCUAUGACAGGCUCACCACAAAGGAGGAUAAAUCACUUGUGGAGGGUCACAUGAAAUCGGUCAUCGAGGAGCAUUUCAAAGACCAUGUGGAGAACGCCGUCCGGGAUCCGUUACUGUUUGGAGAUUAUCGCACAGCACUGGAUGAAGGCGAAGCUAGACUCUAUGAAGAUAUACAGGACUAUGACGCUGCCAAGGCUCUUUUCCAAGAGAUCCUUGAGGAAUACAAUGAUAACAAGACUCCCAUGAACCUGGUUCUGUUUGAGGACGCCUUGGAUCACUUGACCCGGAUUCACAGGGUCAUCCGUAUGGACAGAGGUCACGCCCUCUUGGUGGGUGUAGGUGGCAGCGGCAAGCAGAGCCUGACCCGUCUAGCUUCCUUUGCCGCCGGCUGUGAGGUCUUCGAGAUCCAGCUCAGCCGGGGCUACGAUGAGAGCAACUUCCGGGAUGACCUGAAGGUGUUGUACAACAAGCUGGGCAUCGAGCAGAAGCGCACCGUCUUCCUCUUCACUGAUCAGCACGUGGCCCAGGAAAGCUUCCUGGAGCUCAUCAACAACAUGCUGACCUCAGGGAUGGUGCCUGCGCUCUUCCCUGACGAUGAGAAGGAAGGCAUUGUGGGACAGAUGAGGAACGAAGCCACCAAGGCGGGCGUGCCGCCGACCCGCGAGAGCAUCUGGCAGUACUUCAUCAAUAAGUGUGCCAACAACCUGCACAUUGUGCUGGCCAUGUCGCCGGUGGGAGACACGCUGCGCACGCGCUGCCGCAACUUCCCCGGUUUGGUCAACAACUGCAGCAUCGAUUGGUUCAUGGCCUGGCCCGUGCAGGCCCUGACGGCCGUGGCCUCCGUGUUCCUGGGUCAUGAAGAUAUCAAGAGCAUACCAGACGAACAUCGUGAUGUUGUCGUGAAACACGUCGUCUUUGUGCACCAGUCUGUCGGCGAGCACAGCGCCAGUUUCCAGCAGAAGUUGAGACGUAGCAACUACGUCACCCCCAAGAACUAUCUGGACUUCAUCAACUCCUACCUGAAGCUGCUGGACGUCAAGGAUGAAUACAUUCUUGCCCAGUGUAAGCGUCUAGAAGGUGGGAUGGCCAAGCUGGCCGAGGCCAGCGUCCAGCUCAACGAGCUGAACGAGAAGCUGGCUGUCCAGAAGGUCGCCGUCACCGAGAAGACUGAAGCCUGCGAGAGCCUGCUAGGAGAGAUCGCAUCCCGCACUUCCAAGGCGACAGAGAAGAAACACGCCGCUGAAGGCAAGAGUAAGGAGAUCGAAGAACAGAGCGCUGUCAUCUCCGUGGAAAAGAAAGAGGCUGAGGAGGCACUAGCCGAGGCCUUGCCUGCCCUGGAAGCCGCUCGCAUUGCCCUGCAAGAUCUGGAUAAAUCUGACGUCACAGAGAUCAGGGCCUUCGCUAAGCCUCCAAAGCUUGUUCAGACGGUGUGCGAAUGCAUCGUUGUCUUGAGAGGCAUCAGGGAGGUGUCUUGGAAAUCGGCCAAGGCCAUGAUGGCGGAGGCCAACUUCUUGAAAUCCCUGACCGAGAUGGACGUGGAUGGCAUCGGUCAAACGCAGGUCAAGACAGUCAGAGGCUUCUUGAAGGACAUGGACACUACCUUUGACGAGAUGAAGACCGUGUCACGCGCUGGGGCUGGUCUCUUCAAGUUUGUGGUGGCGGUUAUGGGCUACUGCUCGGUGGCACGAGAGAUCAAGCCCAAACGAGAGAAGGUGGCCCGUCUGGAGCGGACUUUCUACCAGUCCAAGCGAGAACUGGACCGCAUCAACAACGAAGUCAAGUCUUUGGAGGAGGAGUUGGCGAGCCUCGGUCAGCGAUACGAGGCGGCCAUUACGGAGAAGCAGCAGCUGCAGGAAGAGGCCGAAAUCAUGGAGCGCCGGCUCAUAGCCGCAGACAAACUCAUCUCUGGCCUAGGCUCCGAGAACGUCAGAUGGACCAAUGACUUGGAGGAGUUGCGUCAGCGCCGUAUCCGUCUCCUUGGCGACUGCCUCAUCUCCUCGGCGUUCCUGAGUUAUGUGGGUGCCUUCACCUGGGAUUACCGCAACCAGAUGAUCUACAAUGAUUGGCAGGGUGAUGUGCUUGAGCGAGGCAUCCCCCUCAGCCAACCGUUCAGACUGGAAAACCUGCUGACGGACGAAGUGGAGAUCAGCAAAUGGGGAUCUGAGGGCCUGCCACCAGAUGAGUUGUCCGUCCAGAACGGUAUCCUGACUACCAGAGCCAGCCGGUUCCCACUGUGCAUUGACCCACAGCAGCAGGCACUGAACUGGAUCAAGAGAAAAGAGGAACAGAACAACCUCAAGGUGUGCACCUUCAAUGACCCAGACUUCCUGAAGCAGUUGGAGCUUGCCAUCAAGUACGGCUUCCCGUUCCUCUUCCAAGAUGUAGAUGAGUACAUUGAUCCUGUCAUCGAUAAUGUCCUUGAGAAGAACAUCAAAGGUGCUGCAGGUCGCGAGUUCAUCAUUCUCGGUGACAAGGAGGUAGACUACGAUCCCAACUUCCGUCUGUACCUCAACACCAAGCUGGCUAACCCCAAGUACACACCGGCAGUGUUUGGCAAAGCCAUGGUCAUCAACUACACAGUCACACUCAAGGGUCUUGAAGAUCAGCUUCUCAGCGUCAUCGUGGGCUUUGAGCGCAAGGAGCUGGAGGAGCAACGCGAGCGUCUGAUCCAGGAGACGAGCGACAACAAACGCUUGCUGAAGGACCUAGAGGACUCAUUGCUGAGAGAGCUGGCCACAUCCACAGGUAACAUGCUGGACAAUGUGGAGCUGGUGCAGACCCUGGAGGAAACCAAGUCCAAAGCCACAGAGGUUGCGGACAAGCUCAAGCUGGCUGCCAAGACGGCGGUGGACAUUGACAAGCUCCGCGACGGCUACCGCCCGGCCGCCAAGCGGGGCGCUAUCCUCUUCUUCGUCCUGUCCGAGAUGGCUCUGAUCAAUACCAUGUACCAAUAUUCGCUGGCUUCGUUCCUUGGUGUCUUCCAACUCUCGCUCAAGAAGAGUUUGCCGGACUCCAUCCUGGUCAAGCGACUCAGGAACAUCAUGGACACGCUGACACACAAUAUCUACAACUACGCUUGCACAGGGUUGUUUGAGAAGCACAAGCUGCUGUUCUCCUUCCAGAUGACCAUCAAGCUGGAGCAGAGCGAGGACCAGUUGCCCCAGGAGGAGCUGGACUUCUUCAUCAAGGGCAACCUGUCGCUGGAGAAGAGCCGGCGCUCCCGUCCUCACAUGUGGAUCCCCGAGCAAGGCUGGGAGGACAUCAUCAAGUGUGCUCAGAUCACCGACGUGUUCGCUACGCUGCCCGACGACGUGGAGAAGAAUGGGGCUACAUGGAAAGCGUGGUACGACUUGGACACUCCCGAGCAGAGCCCACUUCCAGGAAAAUACUCAGACUCCCUCUCUGAGUUCCAGAAGCUCCUCCUACUCCGCUGUUUCCGCAUCGAUCGCGUCUACCGCGCCGUGACCGACUACGUCACCUCCCGCAUGGGGGAGAAGUACGUCACACCCCCCGUCAUCAGCUUUGAGUCCAUCUUCGAGCAGAGCACCCCCUUCUCGCCCAUCGUCUUCAUCCUGAGUCCCGGCUCCGACCCGGCCAGCGACCUGACCAAGCUGGCCGAGAGGUCAGGCUUCGGCGGCAACAAGCUCAAGUUCCUCUCCAUGGGGCAAGGCCAGGAGAAGGUGGCCUUGCAACUCUUGGAGACGGCCAUCGCCCGCGGCCAGUGGCUCAUGCUUCAGAACUGCCACCUGUUAGCUAAAUGGCUACGCGACUUGGAGAAGGCGCUAGAGAAGAUCACUAAGCCACAUCCUGACUUCCGGCUAUGGCUGACCACUGACCCCACGCCGGCCUUCCCCAUCGGUAUCCUUCAAAGGUCACUCAAGGUGGUGACAGAACCUCCCAACGGCCUGAAGCUCAACCUUCGCAGCAGCUAUCACAAGAUCUCGGCCCAGGUCCUGGAGGACUGCCCCCACCCUGCCUUCAAGCCCUUGGUCUUUGUCCUCGCAUUCUUCCAUGCCGUGGUGCAGGAACGUCGCAAGUACGGCAAGAUCGGCUGGAACGUGCCCUACGACUUCAACGAGUCGGACUUCCGCGUCUGCAUGGACAUCCUCCAGACGUAUCUCACCAAGGCCUUUGAGCAAGGCGACCCCAAAAUUCCCUGGAGCAGUCUCAAAUACCUUAUUGGAGAGGUGAUGUAUGGAGGGCGUGCCAUCGACAACUUUGACCGUCGCGUCUUGAACACCUACAUGGACGAGUACAUGGGCGACUUCAUCUUCGACACCUUCCAACCGUUCCACUUCUACUGCAACAAGGAAGUCGACUACUGCAUUCCCGAGAUCGGUCCCAAGGAUAACUACGUCCAGGCGAUAGAGGAGCUGCCAUUAGCCAACACUCCUGAGGUGUUUGGUCUACAUCCCAACGCCGAGAUCAAUUACUACACCCAGGCCGCCAGGGACAUGUGGUCACAGCUCGUUGAGCUUCAGCCUCAGACAGGGGAGUCUGGGGCGGGCAUCAGCCGUGAGGAUUUCAUCGCCAACAUCGCCUCCGACAUCCAGGCCAAGCUCCCUCAGCAGUUUGAGCUGGACAAGAUCCGCAAGAAGUACGGUCUUGAGGUCACCCCCACCACCGUGGUGCUCUUGCAAGAGUUGGAACGCUUCAACCGACUCAUCGCCCGCAUGCACAAGUCGCUCAUCGAACUUCAGAGGGCCCUGAAGGGUGAGGUAGGCAUGAGCAGUGAACUGGACGACGUCGCUAGGGCUCUCUUCAACGGCCAGAUCCCUUCCAUUUGGCGUCGUCUUGCACCCGACACCCUCAAGUCCCUGGGGAACUGGAUGAUCCACUUCCAGAGACGCUUCACGCAGUACACCACCUGGGUUAAUGAGAGCGAACCACCAGUCAUCUGGCUGAGCGGCUUGCACAUUCCAGAGUCUUACCUGACGGCCUUAGUCCAGGCCACUUGUCGGAAGAACGGCUGGCCGCUGGAUAAGUCCACGCUCUACACUGCCGUCACUCAGUACAUGACCCCGGAUGAGGUCAGCGAACGUGCUCACUCUGGUUGUUUUGUGACCGGUCUGUACCUGGAGGGUGCCUCCUGGUCUAGAGAGGAUGCCUGUCUAUCUCGUCCCAAGCCCAAGGUGCUGAUCGAGGAACUGCCCAUCCUCAAAGUCAUCCCCAUCGAAGCCCAUCGCCUCAAAUUACAGAAUACUUUCCGCACCCCUGUUUACACCACAUCCCAGCGUCGGAAUGCCAUGGGCGUUGGGCUGGUCUUUGAGGCUGAUCUGAGCACGACGGAGCACAUCUCUCACUGGGUCUUACAAGGUGUCUGCCUGGUGCUCAACACCGACUAGAUCCAGAUGGGACGGGAAGAACUCCCUCAGCAGCCAGCUGUAGGUGGAAUCGACGGGUUUGCCAUCAUCAGAAUGGUCUGGUAUAUUAGGCAAAACACUCAUAAGAAUCAUUUGUUUUAUAGGACUUCCGUGUUGCAUUUGUGGCACUUUUAAAUAAUUGCUGUGGCUUUUAUUCCCAUGAAUUUAGGCUUAGUUCUAACUUUGGGUACUAGUAAAAAUUUCCAGUAUUACGUUUAUUUGUGUUGACAAACAGAGCUAGUCUUAUUUUCGGGAUGCUUCUAUGUUUUUACAUGGCCACAGAAGGGAGCUUUUGUCAAAGGGACAUCAAAGUUGGUGAUGGGUUUCGUUAUUGUGCUUCUAUGGAUUGAGUUACCAUUUGCUAAUUUGAAAUAAGCCAUCAACUGCUUGAACCAAGACUAGCAGUGACGUUGAAGAGAUGCGGAACACAAGGAAAGCAAUACUUCGUGACCCACUGACAACUUUUCCUCUCAAGAAGAGGAGAAAAACCCAUCGGCCAUCAUUCAUUCCCAAUGUUUGAACUGCACUAAAAGCAAAAGCAGUCCCCACAGUUUGACCCAAUUUAAAUGUGGUGCGUUGUUAGGGAAAUGAGGCACUCUGGAUUUGAUUGAAGAGCUAUGAAAGAAAUAACUCGGUUAGCAGACAAGAACUAGUUGUUUCAUUUCAUUGCAGAGGAAAGAAUUGCCAGUGGUGGUAUUUGAACAGGGGCUUUAAGAAGGGAUUGAUAACUCGCUGUAAUUCGAGGCUGCUUGACCGUGGACAGUUGUGAUAACUCUGGCCAGUGGCAUAAACUGAUUUCAUUAACACACGUCUCUGACGGUGAGUUGCUUGGAGACCUGGACAUUAUUGAGUUGGAAAACAAUUGACAUCAUCAUUAACACACGUCUCUGACGGUGAGUUGCUUGGAGACUUGGACAUUAUUGAGUUGGAAAAGAAUUGACAUCCCGAACCGGCUGUUUAUUUGUCUACACUGAUGUAAACAACUUAAAUUUGAUUUCAUUCCGUCCACGCAGACCCCCGAACAGCCUUUGCUAUUUUAACUUAAUUCCCUUUCAGAGUUUUGCCCUGGAAACAAAUUCAUUGUAUAUUUUGCUAUAUAUUAUUUGAAGUGUCAUUUGAUGUUAUGCUGUGAUUCCAAUUUUGAUUCCGUCCUGAUAGAAUCUGGUUUGUAUAUAUUCGUGUACAUGUGUGCCUUCACGUAAGCCGUCCAUUUUGUUUUCUAAGGGUGCCCUCUGUUGUCUUAUUUCAGGAAGUUUCAGGCAUGGUGUUAGUCUGGAUACCAGACCCGAUGAUUCUGACUACCCGACGAAUCAAGGGUCCGGUAUCACCCAAUGUCACGUGACCAGGACUGGAGGAAUUCCUCCAGUUUUCCAGAAAUAGCCGAAAUAUUCCAAAGUCGUCCUGUCUACAUUCUGUAUGUUGGGAUGGUGCGGUUGAUGUUUGGUUAUUCCCAGUCGGGUAGGUGGGCUUGUUGAACGUAAACCAUCAGCAAUCAUGCAUUGGCAUAUAACAAAGUUACAAACAACUUACUUGUUGAUGGGUGUGUGCGUGGAAGAAUGUUGCUGUACAAGUAUUGAUCAACUGAAAGAAUUUCGAAAAUGCGUAUGCAUGAUUUUGAAUUUUCUGAGAUUUUUUCAAAUGCACCUCAUUACGGAACGCUCAGCUGAAUUUGAACCCACCACGUAUGGGGAUGAAAUUAAAAACAUCUGGGCUUUCAACUUGUGACCUCUGACCCUUGCGUCAUAUCUAUUUAUAUCCGUGGGUGAUGCCGGACCUAAGAUUGUUUAUCAAGGGCCGUCAGGGAAUCUUUGGGCAGGGAACCAGACUAGCAUGGUGUAAGUUUUACUUGAGAUCUUGUUUCCUUAGGGUAACAAUAUACUCAGAAUGGUUAAUGUUUGUAUUACUUAUUGCUUAAAUUGCAGUUUUUCUCCUUAGGAAUGUUCUCCAGAAAUCUUCCAAGAAAGAACAAUAUUGAGUUUUUGUGUCAAGCAUUUUGCCAGACUUUCGGCGAUAUGAUCAACAGAGGGCCUUUGUCGUUUACAUAUUUACAUUGUUUAAAGACCGUUAUAUCUUGUAAAUGUAAAUAUUAAGAUAUGCCAAAUAUAUAUCUGAUUUUCUGAUGGACUGAAAGUCAA